AUGCACGGCACGCAGCGGAGAAGCCAUAAGCACAAGACUUAUGGUAGAUCUUCCAGGACCCAGCGGUCCACUUACGCCUCGUUCGAGGAGUCGGAAUUUCACGCCAACUCUCACGACCGGCAAGGAAUUUCGGACACUUCCCCCACAUCAGAGUCACCUGACCUGCAACAACCCAGGAAGACUGAGGCCAGAGAGACCAGAGAGACAGAAAUUCAGAAAACUCGAGCUUCUGGCAAACCGGACGGCGAUCUUUCUGGAAACCCAUCUUUUCCAGACGAAUCCACUUACCGUUUCCAAUCUUCCAUCAAAGACGAACUAGGCGCUAUCAAAAGAAAACGCCACAGAUUUUCACCUGAGUUCCAGGGAAUCGACGCCUGUGGAAUUAGCGUCUCUAAUGACGAUUUUAGUGACAUGCAUGCCAAGAGCGAAACUACUUUCACAAAGCCUGAUAACAUCAACCGUCUUAAUCAGGGUGAAAAGUGGGACGGAACCAAUGCGGCCCCGGAUUUCUCACUACAGUCUCAACCAAAUAUGAAAAGCGGCUAUGGAGAAAUUACCCACCCUCGGAAGAAGCUAGUGGAUUUGCUGGAUUCAGUCCACCCACCAGCUGAAGGGCCGCCUGCGUCCCUUAUCAGUGACAGAGAGUCGAAUAGUGUCGCUUGUACUUCGCAGUCUACUCUCACCAGGCAGCGUGACAUUACGCCCCAACGCGUCGAGGAUCCUGCUACUGUACCGUCGUCGGGCUUGCGAGGUUUCCCGGUUACAUAUGCGCGCCAACGAUCUUUUCUAAAUGAAGCAUAUGUGUCAAGUGGCAUUGAAGAUAAAGAGGCAAAUACCAAUUCGAAAAAUCAACUUCUUGAGGCUAAAAAAGCCUCGUGCUUCGACUUGGAUGCCGAUGAUGACACUAGUGUUGGCUCCGGCCCAAUUCGAAGUAUCCAUGAGCUAAGACAAGCGGGUGAUAAUUCGCGCUUUCGAAGCGCAGUUGACUGUAUGUUUGAAGAUAUUGCAAAUGGUGAUAACACGAACUCUACACGAUGCAAUGGUCUUGUACAGCUCAGUUCGAAACUCUUGGACCGUCAAUUUAUCAAUCGGUUCUCUGAAUGUGGAUUUGCAGAAAGGCUUGUGGAGUACAUGCAAUACGUCAAGGAUGACCUCGACAUAAUCUCUGCUUCGUUUGCACUUUGUUCCAUUGAGUUAUUGUUUUCGAGUGGCACGUUCCCCCAAACGCAUCUGGCCAGUCUUUGGCACAGCCUUCUGGUUCUCUCUCCGAGGUUGAUUGAUGUGGAAGAUGACAUCCUGCUUAUGAGUAAGGCACGGGGCUCUGGGGUGUCGAAAGCAGUACAAAAGUCCAUACAGGAAACUCUGCUGAUGUUGUCCAAUCGGCUGCUACCAAUGUUGAGUCCUCGCUCCCUAGCACUUCAAUGUAUCCGGUCUGUUCUUUCAAGUCUCCAACAGCACAACAACACCAUUGAGGCGAUGCCUACCGCAGUUCUGGAUCGGUUCGUUUGUUUAUUGAUAUCGAUACAUCAUAGUAACAUGGACUCGCCAUUAUCACCGGAGGAUUGUCCAAUGGUAAUUACUAUUUUGUCAAUAUUGGAAACAUACACACUUCUUUUGGGUCCUUUGCCUGUCGACCAGCAGAGCGCGUUGAAAUCACUUACGCAGCUCUCCUAUUUCCUUCAGCCGAAGGGAUUCGGACAUUCCAACGAUCGCACCCAACAAAUACAUGUCCACUAUAUUCGCCUCAUAUUGAAUCUCACCAAUAACGAGCCCUCUUUUUGCAAUGCUUUUGUUACGCCUGGUCUUGUCGAGGGUCUGGUCAGCAUCAUAACCUCAGGAUUCAAUAUGUCGCCUGAAGGAGGCCCAGUCGAAGAGAGUAAUACAUUGAACAGGAUAAUACUAGCUCUUGGGACUCUUAUUAAUCUGACAGAGAAAAGCGAUAUGGCAAAAGCUAUGUUUCUCAUUGCGGAAGAUCGUUCUACAUCAUUUCUUCAUUCGCUCGUUCAGAAGUUUUCGGCUAUUAUCAACCUAAUGACCGAGACCCACCCUGUCAAUGAUUCGCACUAUAAUGUCGUUGUUGGUUACUUGUCUAUCCUCUUGGUCACGCUUUGUUUAAACCUCGAGGCAUUAUCGCAAGUAAAGGAAUUGCUUGGUAGGGAGGGUUUGGACAUAUUAUUGUCUACUGCUGACGAGUUCCAAAAAUACCAUGAGAAAGUCGAAGAAGAUUUACAAGCACGAGGUAGUGCAUAUUCUAGUUUCACGGCCCAGUUACAAAGUAUCAUAUGUCAGGUCCGCCAGUCAGAGCGCUUUUUGUGA